CCUGGGCGCCAGCAGCCUCCCUCUCGUGUAAGAUAUGCGCUCUCACGGCGUUUGGCCUCUGGGUAUAAUGGCAAACCUGGCCUUCACCCGGCCGGAACAGUCUCCGUGACGGUCAGACUGCGAACGACCGGAGCGAGCGAGGACCGCAUUUCUACUCCUUGGUGGGAAUCCACAUGGAUAAAAGUCUUUUUCUCGCGACCGUUCUUUCCGUGUUGCUCGUGGGGUCUCUCGUAAGGGUCUCGUCGGUUCCAGACGAUGAAUGUCCGGACGCUCUGCCGGCUCACGAGGACUGUGAAUACCACGAGGUCUGCGAAGACGCGUCCUGUCUGUAUAACGAAUACGUCACCUGCCAUUUAAAUCGCUGCGGGACCUGCGAGGCCGUUUACAGCGGAUACGACAACGCGACGGUGGACUGUAACCAGCUGACCCCAAAGUGUCGUCUCAUGCACCUGGAGAUGCUUCACAAGAGCCGAAGUGGAGAAAGUCGGCCCCGACGCGGCCGGCUGGAGGUGGACAACGUUUAUGACCCCGAAUGUGAAGAAAGCGGGGCCUUCAAGGCUAAGCAGUGCGACGAGGACUCCAACCUGUGCUGGUGCGUGGACAGCGCCGGCGUCCGGGUCACAGAUAAGACCGGGGAUGACCCAAAGUGUGACAAGCUGGUCCCGGUGCAUCUGAUCCAGAUCGAUUUCGGCUUCAAAGCAGAAUUUGCAUUUCUCAAAGGGAGAGAGGAGGAUCUGCGCAGGAGUCUGGUCAGUAAAGUGUCGCACUUCAUCCAAAAAACCCCACAGAUCCUGCAAAUAACAGUUCAUGAAGCCACGCACGACAUCACCAUGAAAUUAUUUUGUAUGAAUGGAACGAAGGAGCUGGUGGACAUCGCCACGGCCGCUUAUUACAUUGAGAGAGACCUAAAGCAGAAUAAAUUCUCCGUUUCCCUGGGCGGCCGCAGCCUGGAGGUGGAUCGGGAUUCCAUCCGCGUUCUGUUCUUUGACAACGAGCCGCCUCGCAUCAACAUGAAGACCAUCUCCCCAGGAUUCGCAGCGAUCAUCAUCAUUAUAGCCCUGGCCAUCCUCACAGGGAUCGCAGUGUUUGUUGUAGUCCAGAGAAAAGCAGAACAAGAGCGAAUUCAGUUUGAAGUCAUUGAGGGCCAGGAGCUGGGCGAUUACCAUCUGGCGCACAGAGAAGGCCUGCGCUACUUUUAUGAUUAAAAUAAAGUUAUUAUUUACGUUUU